AUGACGGAUUGCAGAGACCUGUAUGCCCGGACAACAGGUCGCACUGCGCUUCCUCAAGACAAAUCUCAGCGAGUCUACAUUUUGGCUCACCGUGAAGCCCGACUUUCUGGACGUCUUCGCUGGAUCAUCCUGGUCCCGACUCAGUCUAUGGUGGCAGAUGCCUUGACGAAGCCGAUGCUCAGCAAACAGCUCCUGCAUCUACUUUCGACUGGCCAGGUGAUUUUCUUGAAUGAGGAAGGACAUCCCUUGGAAGCCCGUCGACUACCUCCAGUGGCAGACUUCACUGAAGAUGACCUGGUGGAUGGCGAUGAGAAAUGGAUCAACUACCUGAUUACGCCCAACGACAUCAAGAGGAUUCAGAAACUAUGCUUCAUCCUGGACAAGACCAACAACGAGCUCUACGCCCUGGACUACCAGAACAAGCUUUGCGCUGCUAGCGCUGUUCGACCUCUCACCAGAGCAGAUUUGGUGAACCGAAUGCUCACUGCUGAGAACAACGUCUUGGAGCUCCAAUUGCAGCUGAACGAGAAUGUGAAGGACAUCAACAUCCUCUACAGAUCCUUGCGUCGUAACGCUGGACCUCAUCCUGAGGAGCCCGCUUCUAGCAGGCCAAGGACGAUUGACCGACGUCCUGCCGAACCUGAACCUGAUGGAGAACGUGGAUCACCUAGAAGUGAACCUGAAAGAGAGCGUGCCUUCAAUGAGACCGCUUCAAGAUCCCGUGACAGUGAAGAUGAUCGAGAACAAAUCGAUCUACAAGAAGAUGCAUCUUUGGACGAAGUGAGAUCCGAUAUGGAAGAACCUGAGCGCUACAACCGAAGGAUGCGCAAUCGAUUGCACAUCAUGAACAUAGAGUCCAACAACAUGGAGGUGUAUUUGUACACCAUGGUCCAACAGCACGGCCUUGACUAUGUGGUGCCAUUGCCGGACAUCCUGCAGCUCUACGAGGAGCAUGCGCCUAGCAUGGAUGCCCCGGGCGAAUACCGUGCCAUGAGCAGAUGCUGCAUCAGCAAUUUGCCGAUGGACAGCGAGGAGUUCGGCGAGAACGAGCACCCUUUUGUGUCUCAUAUGGGACUGUACGGAUUUCGCAAUAGGCGAAUCAUUGCUCGUGAAAACGAGGGAUUGACUCAGCGAGAGGUGGAGGCCAUGACGGGGCAGAUGACAUCAAGAUUGACCAAUGACAUGAGACAGGCUCUCUCUCCAGUAGCUAUUAUCAUGAACACCUUUGUGGCAAAUAUCGUGAUGCUGGUGGCCGGCUUUUCCAUUUGCUUGCAUGCCUCCUGGCGUUUGACAAUCCUGGCCUUCACAGUUCUGACACCGGUGGUUCACAUUUCUGCGCAUUUCAGUGCGUGGGCAGCAAAGUUGAUGGCUUCCCAGUACACCUUCCUUGCAGAUGCCCAGGGCUGCGCAACUCAAGCCCUAACCAACAUUCGCACAGUCCGCAUGUUCGGUGCCAGGCGGAUGGAGGAGGAGAAGUUUGAAGGACACACCCGGAAGUCCAUGGAAUUAGGUCUCAAGAGCGCAUGGGGACAGGGGGGCACCUCCUUCCUUUCCACAUUGGUGCAGCUGGGUGCUUCAUUCGUCAUUGUGUUUUAUGGUGGCAACUUGGCUCUACACCAUGAGUUCGAUGUCGGCACCAUCAUCACCUUCUCCUACCUGUGGAACAGGCUGGGUGCAUUCUGCUGA